AUGGAUCUCAGACUUGCCAUUCUCGUUCUCUGGCUGACAUUCGUUUCAGUUUUAUCCCAGGACGAGACAGUAACAUGCACCAAUAACGACAAGACGUACGCCCCUGGGGAAUCGUACCCAGCUGGGGACGGCUGUAACACCUGCACGUGCUCAGAAAACGGAGUUUCGGGAUGCACACAAAUGGGUUGUAAAACUAAUCCAAAAGUCUGUACAGUUGGGGCCAAGACAUACGCUCCUGGAGAAUCGUACACAGCUGAGGAUGGCUGUAAUACAUGCACGUGCUCAGAAAAUGGAGUUUCUGCCUGCACGCUGAAAGCUUGCGUGACCAAACCGAAAGGAAAAAGCUGCGUAGUGGGAGACAACUCGUACAAGCAUUUCGAGAUCUUCACCGCCGAGGACGGAUGUAACAGAUGCAUAUGUUUUAACGGUAAUCCCAGGUGUACAAACAGGCCAUCGUGUUGGCCAGAAGAGAAGAAACAGUGCACCGCGGGAGACAAGGUUUAUAAGCACAUGGAGAAGUUCACGGCAGAUGAUGGGUGUAACCCAUGUAGGUGUAUCUACGAUAAAGUCAGGUGUUUACACCUGUCGCGGUGUAUGGACCCAGAGAAGAACAAGUGCACAGUGGGCGACAAGACGUACAACCACACAGAAGUGUUUUUGGCAGAAGAUGGAUGCAACAGAUGCUGGUGCUUCGCGACGAAGAUUUCAUGCACCAGACGGGCGUGUCCCAUGGGCUGUGAAAAAGCGGGCAAGACGUACAAGCACGGGGAAAUCGCUCGCCUAGUGGAUGGCUGCAACUCAUGCAGGUGUUGGUCUGGGAAGCUGACCUGCUCCAGUCUCGUCUGCGAUGCUAGCUGCACUGUCGAUGGCAAGGUGUUUCAAAGUGGCACCAGCUUCACCCAUCCAGACGGAUGCAAUAAAUGCUUUUGUCGGCAUGGACGUGCUGGGUGCACACGACUUUUGUGUCCUCCUAAGGAAGGGAAGGUGGAUAACGUGGAGGAGGAAAAAGUGGAGAAUGAGGAGAAGGAAGAGGAGAAAGUGGUGGAUGAGAAAAUAGUGGAUGAGGAGGAGAAGGAAGAGGAAAAGAAGGAGAAAGAGGAUGAGGUGGAGGAGUAG